AUGCCAGCUUCUUCCGAUAUUACUUUUAAUGAAGAACUUUACACAACGAUAUAUUAUUUCUUAAAAAACGCAAACCAUGUUAGAACUGCGGCUGCGUUUAAAAAAGAAGCUGCAAAAUUGAUAAAGGACAAAGAAACCGAGUAUGACCUGAGAAAAAUUUUCCGAGAUUUUAUUGACAAUCUAAAUUCUAAAUCAUCGUCAGAGGAAGAAGAAAGUGAUAAAGAUAAAAAAAUAACAAACUUAAGUGAUCAGAGUGAUUCUGAAUCUGAAUCAUCUUCGUCAGAGGAAGAAGAAAAUGUCAAAAAAAUAACGAGUUUAAAUGAUCAGAGUGAAUCUGAAUCUGAAUCAUCGUCAAAGGAAGAAGAAAAUGUCAAAAAAAUAACGAGCUUAAAUGAUCAAAGUGAAUCUGAAUCAUCUUCGUCAGAGGAAGAAAAUGGCAAAACGAGCUUAAAUGAUCAGAGUGAUUCUGAAUCUGAAUCAUCUUCGUCAGAUGAAGAAGAAAAUGGCAAAGAUAAAAAAAUAACGAGCUUAAAUGAUCAGAGUGAAUCUGAAUCUGAAUCAUCUUCGUCAGAGGAAGAAAAUGCCAAAGCGAGCUUAAAUGAUCAGAGUGGUUCUGAAUCUGAAUCAUCUUCGUCAGAGGAAGAAAAUGGCAAAGAUAAAAAAAUAACGAGCUUAAAUGAUCAGAAUGAUUCUGAAUCUGAAUCAUCUUCGUCAGAGGAAGAAGAAAAUGGCAAAGAUAAAAAAAUAACGAGCUUAAAUGGUCAGAGCGUUGCACAAUCAUCUACUUCAAAAGAAAGUGAAAAAAAAAGCAUACAAACGAGCAAAAAAAGGAAAAGUUUAGAUGACUCUUCUGAUAGUAAUAAUCAAUGUCAAUCAUCACCUACAAAAAAGAUAAAUUCAAUUUCAAGUCCUGCUUCUAUAAAACAAACUAGUGAAUUCUUUAUCCCACCAUCUGUUCAGAAAAAACAAAUGAAUAAACCAGGGAAAGCUCAGAAUGGGUUUUAUCAACCUCGUAUAAAUGUAAAUGAAGUUAAAUUUCAUAAUGAAAAGUUGAAAGACAAUAGCUUUUUAGCAAAGGGUGGAGCUGCUGGAUCAUAUGGUCAUAAAGCAUAUAACGAUUUUGCAGCCACUAGGGGUAAAGAUUUCCGUGCUCAGAAAACGAAAAAGAAACGUGGUUCAUACCGUGGUGGUAAAAUUGACUUACAAUCACAUUCAAUAAAAUUUGAAGAUUAA